CCCGCCUGGCCCUCUGCUCCCCGAGCAGCUGCUUCCGGGCUCUGCUGCUCCCGGGCGGCUCCGCGAGGCCGCGACCGCGACCCUGGGCCCUGGAGGGGCAGCAGCGCCCGGACGCCUGGCUUCCCGAGCAGGUCCGCGCUUUGCCUCUCGAUCGGGAUCUCCGUGGACAUUUCCGGCCUGACCUUGCGGAGGCCGAGUCUCAGCUGCGUGCCCCGGGGCCAGUGGGGCCGCUUUAUAGGGUUCACAGUCCUCUGAGUCAAGGGACGAACGUUGCUGGCUGGAGUUUGCCGGAUAUCUCUCCCCCUACCCAUCUAAUAGGAGACUUCUUCCUGCGCUCCCUUAGGGCAACAGUUCAGGACUCCUCAGGUCAGGAGCACCUACGACCCGGGGCCACCUUCUUUCUUUCCUUCUUGGAUGGAGCACCGCCUCCCCAGUUUCUGGGGCACCUUGGGGCGUGGCCUUGGUGAGUGAAACUUGGGGUGCUGCCUGCUGGGAAAGAAACCUGGAAAACAGGGAGGACCCUGUGAGGGUGACCCAGGCUUUGUCAGAUCCUGAGACUUGGAAUUUGUUGGGGGUGGUGGUGAAUGAACUUGGAAGUACCUCCUUUUACCUCAAAACUGAAAAGGAAACAAGCCACCUGCCACACUUGAGGCUGCAUGACCACCCGGAGAAAUGGUGAGCCAUUUCUGAAUUGAGUAGGACUCACCAAGCAGAUACCUGUUCUUCUGAUCCUGAACGGAGUCUGGCUUCUGAGGAAACACUCAGCCUCCAAACCUGAGAGUCUAAGCAGUGCCAGGAAGCAGCCCCAGAAUUUGGGGGCUAAUUACGCACCCCAACCAUGUUCCUGCGACGACUUGGUGGCUGGCUACCUCGCCCCUGGGGCCGCCGGAAAUCAGAGAAGCCUGACUUGCCCGCCCCAGAACCCAGACAGAUGGACAGCUCCUCUGAGAAUUCAGGGAGUGACUGGGAUAGUGCCCCAGAAAACAUGGGCGAUCUGGGGCCUCCCAAGACCAAGGACUCAGGUGUACAGAAGAGCCCUGGGGCUGGUCCAGAACCAAGCAGGGAGUCCCAAGUUGAGCAGCUGCGGUGCAGAAGAAUGGAUCCUCUCCAGUGGGACAAGAAUGUCUCUGGCACUCAGGAGUCUCAGCGACUGGAGGCUGGAGAGGCCACUGUCAAACCAGAAUGGGAUCCUGUGGACUCAGAUGGCACCAGGAAACCCGGAGUGUCCCCUGAAGGGGGAAUGAGCCCUCCCGGGCCUGAAGCCCCCGUGGAGAAGCCUGGCCGGCGUCAGAAGCUGCUGGGCUGGCUUCGGGGGGAAACAGGCGGGGGAGCAGGGGCUCCCUCCCAGUACCUGGUGGGCCCAGAGGAGAGUCUGCAGAUCUCCACCAACCUGACACUGCACCUUCUAGAGCUGCUAGCCUCUGCCCUGCUGGGGCUGUGCUCAAGGCCACUGCGGGCAGCCUUGGACGCGUUGGGCCUGCGUGGACCACUGGGCCUCUGGCUGCAUGGGCUACUGUCCUUCCUGGCUGCCCUGCACGGGCUCCAUGCUGUGCUGAGCCUCCUUACCGCCCACCCCCUGCACUUUGCCUGCCUCUUUGGUCUUCUCCAGGCCCUGGUGCUGGCUGUCAGCCUCCGGGAUCCUAGUGGGGAUGAAGUGGCCACUGACUUGGAGGGUGAGAAAUUGGGGAGGGAGGGUGAGGAGCAGAGAGAAGACCCAGGAAAGGGGCUGUGACCGUGGGGUAGGGUACGAGCCAGGGGCCCACCCGCCUUCAGUAAGGUGGGAGUGAGGGUGAAGACAGAGUAGUGGGAGCAUGGUCCAGGUUGUGGGCACAGGGACCUCAGGGAUGGGGCAGAAACCCCAGAGUAUGAGGGCAUGGUGCCCCCCUUCACACACAGGAGAGCUGUUUAGGGUGUCUGUGUUUAUGGGCAGUGGGGGCAUUGCCCUUGAAUUCACCAGCUAUUAAUUUUUGCUUUUACAUUUCUCCCAUUUCCAGUUUUUCUUUUCCACCUCCACUUUUUAAAAGCAAAAAAAAAAAAACAAAAAAAAAACAAAAAAAAACUGUGGUGGUGGAGAAUAAAGACUAAAGGAUCUUCUCUACCUUUUCAAAACUCCAGGGGGGAGGAGACCAGAGGCAGGACAGACAGACCUCUGGGUGGGGUAAGAGAGUGGUUGGGAGACUCAAGGGAUCCCUUGGAUCCUGGGAUCUGCGCCAUCUUGGGAAGAGUGGCAUUGCCAGGUGGGUGGAUUGGGGUCUGGAUGGGGUCCCACAGGUGGUGGGGAGCCUAUAGGGAGGAUCUGGGUGUUCAGGAGCCAUAGGGAGUGGGGAUGGUGCAGACAGUGUUGGCAAGAGGGCCAGCUCAGAGAGGCUGGCAGCUCAGACAGGUGGUGUGGGGAGCACUGGAGUUUGCAGACCCCACUGAGGGGUUAGGGGUCUGCUCACUCAGCAAUAAACAACUGUUUCACAUCAAAUCCUAAAUAUACCACUACAAAGUGAGA